GGUUGUAAUCGGUCUUAUUCUCGGCCCGUCUCCUUCGCACGUCUCCGCGGCUCCUGCGCCCAUGCACGCCAACAACCCACCUGCGGCAUCUUCCUUGCCGACCAGCGCCUCACCACGCAGUGUCCUGGUGCUACCUAUGGCAAGUGCGAUGCUUACUGGCAACUCGUACUCUUGUGCCUGCGUGAGGUCGCCCGGGCCCACUGGGCUCAUGCGCCUCUGCACGAAAAAUAUCCAGAUCCCUAUCGCUUGUGACUGUUCGCGGAACGGUCCCUCUUCGAGGGCCCGCCGAGGCCAGCCGAACAAGCGAUAGCCAAGCCGAGAUAGCGGGUGAACACCAGACAGCUAAACUGCGACUGGCGCUACCAGAGAGCUGCGAGAGCGAAACUCUAGCAACAAAGACCUGGGGCGCAGUCGCCGCCAGCCGAAAGGCGUACGCAGGGCUCCCGCAGCACAGAGCUGGACCUUCACAUCGGAGGAUGGGGAAAUGUCGAAAGACGCUACGAAACAAAUGCGGCAUCGCAACGAACCACGACCGGAGACCCGGGCACCGUCUUCUUGCCGCAGCCCCCGGUGCCCGACGCCCGGAGAGAACGCCCGUCAUGAAGAACAUUCAACGCCGGGAUUCUCCUGGCUGGCUCCUCGCGCUGGUGGUGGUGGUCUCCAUCACCCUCUUCUCAUUCACAGGGCACGGCCUCGCCCAUGGGCACCCUCCCGAGACGCGGGCGCCCGGGAGCCCGUGCCCCCGAGGGCACGGGGGCGCCAAGAAGAGCCGGCGUCGACCCCGAGGGCCGCGAGUGGCGGACCGGGCGGUGCAAGCUGAAGCUGAGCAGGGGCCGACCGUCCUGGCAUUCCUGUAGUCCUACCGCGAGAUGUUCU